UUAUGAAGUAGAGAGAAGAAGGGUUGGGGGGUACACUCAAUAAAUAGGAGGGCAAGAAGGUUUUGAGAAUUGCUAUUUAUUUUUUGGAUGGUGUACAGAAGUAGAAGAUUGUUUCUUAUAUGAAUGAGUUUAUGCUAUGAGAGAGAAUCAAAUAGUCUUAGCCUUUCUUCGGUGGACAUGAUCUCUAUCAUAUUGUGCUAGCUUUUUCUUUCAAGUACAAUUUGCAGGAAAAAGUAAGUUGAAGACUGAAAAACAUGGGCGAUUUUGCAAUUGCUAUUGAUACUUUACACGAGAAUGAAGUUGAAGAGAUUAUCAUUGACGUUACACAAAUCAUCAAGGAGUCUGCCCAGUGGCACCCUGAGUGUUGCAUCUACAAGGUCCCCAAAAGACUUCGCAAGGUAAUGGAACAAGCCUACACUCCAAAGCUAAUUUCAAUUGGUCCUGUUCAUUACGACAAUGGCGAACUGCCGAACAUGAAAACUUUGAAACUGAAAUAUUUCAAGGAUUUCUUUUCUCGUACUUUUAAAAGCCAAAAGGAGUUUGCAAGUAUUAUUGAAGCAAACGAAGAUAAGAUCCGCCAUUGUUAUGCAGAAGAGAUUCCUCUACCUGAAAGGAAAGAUUUCGUGAAAAUGAUUCUACUAGAUUCUAUCUUUAUCAUUGAGCUCUUCUGGAGGAAUUUUGAGCGCGCAAGAAGAAGCACUCAAAAGGAAUAUAUGGUAAAGGAUUAUAUAUUAAGGGAUUAUAUAUUAAAUAAACCAUGGCUAGCGUGUGGCAUAUUGCAAGACUUGAGAUUACUUGAGAAUCAACUUCCAUAUUUUAUUCUUGAGCAAUUACAUAAAAAAAGUGGGUUUCCAGCCAAACAAGAAUCCUUUCUUACGCUUGCCUGUAUGUACUUUUUUGGUGGUGGCGGAGAAUUAUCCAUUGAUAAGAAUAAAGUAAAACAUUUCACUGAUUUGUACAGACAUUUCUACCACGCACCACUGGGUAACCAGGGCAUUGGAGAGGGUAUUGAGCAUUGUGCAACAAAGUUGGACACAGCAGGACUGCUAUUCAAGAAAUGGGAGCCUCAAAAACCUGAGGGAAAUUCAUUUGAAGGAAGUAGAGAUUUACUAAAAAUAGAAUUCCAGAAUCCCUCAGAGAAUCUGUACAUCAAUUGGUCUUGGCCCUUGCAUUGCUUACCGUGCUUGGGAAAAUUGUCAUGCUUGGAGCAUUUGCAAACUCGCCUGGAAAUCCCACAGUUUGUCGUUCAGGACGAAACUGAAGAACUUUUCCGAAACCUCAUGGCCCUGGAGCAGUGUCAUUAUCCAACUGAAGCCUACAUAUGCAAUUAUAUCUUACUAUUAGAUCAUCUUAUCAACAGUAAAGAAGACGUGGAGUUGCUUGUUGAAGAAGGUAUCAUUGUUAACUCAUUGGGUAGCACUGAAGCGGUUGCUAAUAUGGUUAACAAAUUUGGCCAGGAAAUUACGGAAAUAACCUCCUAUUACUGUGAUGUUGCCGAUGCAGUUAAUAAGCACUACCUAAGCCCUUGGAACCAAAAUAUGGCAUCCUUAAAAAGGGUAUAUUUCCGGGAUAUUUGGAGAGGCACAGCAACUGUUGUUGGUGUCUUGGUCCUCAUUAUGGGUUUAUUAACUUUCCUUGGGCCUUCUGGCUUGGGAAUAUUUUAACUUUUUUCAUAGUGAUAUUUUCAUAUUAGUUGGAAGUUUGGAACGACAGUAGUUGUCUUGGAAUUGUCAAUCUGUUCAGCUUGUGAUGUACUUUCCUUUCUAAAAAUUUUAGAAAAUUAAGUAAAGCUGUAUCUUCUACCUCUAUUCCCUAAUGAAAGUGUUAUAUCCCUUUCUAUUUCAAUUUAACACCAGAUUGUA